ACACACCGCCGGCACGAGCCACUUUGUCCGCCAAGGCGACCGGCGAUCAAUGGAGAUGUAUGGCGCUGCAGUUCCCCGGCCUCGGCUCCUCCUCCUUCUGCUCCUCCUCCUCGCCGCCGUGUUUUGGGUCUGCGUACUCUACUUCCGUCUGUCCGCGCUCAUCAGUGGCGUGGCGAUCGCGCCGAUGGAGCGCAUGGUGUCGUUCGCAGCGCACUACGAGAGCCGUGGCGAAGACGGGAACAAAGAUUCGUGCCGGGGGCGACGCGUGUAUAUCCAUGAGCUCCCGCCGCGCUUCAACGCCGACAUGCUCGGUGGCUGCGCCAGCACGGACGGCCGCUGGCCAAACAUGUGCGAGCAAGUGAGCAACGCCGGCCUCGGGCAGCCGCUGCCCGAGCCGGAGGAUGAAGGCGAAGGGGACGGCGCGCUCUCGGGCGCGGCCGGCUGGUACGCCACGCAGCAGUUCGCGCUGGACGCCAUCUUCCACGGCCGCAUGCUACGCUACGGCUGCCUCACCAACGACUCCUCCGAGGCGGAGGCGGUGUUCGUCCCGUUCUACGCCGGUUUCGACUUCGCGCGGCACCUCUGGGGCUACGACAAUGCCACGCGGGACGCCGCCUCGCUCGACCUGGAGCGCUGGCUCGUGGGCCGGCCGGAGUGGCGCAGGGCCGGCGGCCGCGACCACUUCCUCGUGGCGGGGCGCACGGCAUGGGACUUCCGGCGCCACACCUGCCCCAGCCCGACCUGGGGCACCAACCUCCUCUUCCUGGCGGCCGCCAAGAACAUGACCGUGCUUGUCGUCGAGUCGUCGACCGCGCCCGGCCACGGCAACGACGUGGCGGUGCCCUACCCGACCUACUUCCACCCACGAGCAGACGCCGACGUCCUGCGCUGGCAGCAGAGGAUCAAGAGCGCCGGCCGCCCGUGGCUCAUGUCCUUCGUGGGCGCGCCGCGGCCGGGAGACCCGCGCUCCAUCCGGUCGCAGAUCAUCGCCCAGUGCGGCGCCUCGUCCGCGUGCCGGCAGCUGGGCUGCGCCUCUGGCGCCAGCCAGUGCCACACCCCGGCGGACAUCAUGCGGCUGUUCCAGAGCUCCACCUUCUGCCUCCAGCCGCCGGGGGACUCGUACACGCGGCGGUCGGCGUUCGACGCCAUGGUCGCCGGCUGCGUGCCCGUCUUCUUCCACCCGGCGUCCGCGUAUCUCCAGUACCGGUGGCACCUGCCGGGCGAUCACGCCACGUACUCGGUGUUCAUACCGGAGGACGGCGUGCGCGUCGGGAACGUGAGCAUCGAGGACACGCUGAGAAGGAUACCGGGAGCGGUGGUGCGGAGGAUGCAGGAGGAGGUCAUCAGGCUCGUGCCGAGGCUGGUGUACGCUGACCCGAGGUACUCGCUCGACACAGUCAAGGACGCAUUCGACGUCGCCGUCGAAGGCGUCCUAGAGAAGGUGGCGGCGGAGACGCGGAAAGCCGAAACGACGGAUCGCCGGUCGAGCUGGCUAGACAAGAUUAUUUGGUCCGAGUAACACAAUAGGUUGGUAUAAUGAUGAAGUUUUUUUUUUCUUUCUAUACCGAUGAGAAUGGUUGGUCUAAUGAAGUAUAGUAGUACAAUUUUGUGGCAGGCUUUGAGUGAUUUGAUCGGUAAUUACAGGCUUGUACGUACGAAAGGCCACGUACCAAUCUUUUUCUUCUUUUUUUGUUUAUAAAAAAAUGGUCAUCUAAUAUAGAAAUUCACCAGAAGUAUAAAGCACCUCAAACAUAUAUAUUAAUAAAAAUUAACAACCACAUUACCGCUAUGAGCCGCCAAUGCUGCUGUCGCCACUUCCCUAUCGGAGUCAGCUUGACCAUGUCGAUGACAGUCGAGAAGUCUUCGUGCACAUGCUCCUAGGACCAAAGGUUUGGAGGCGCAAUCAUCGUUGUUGAAACAUUGAAUAGAUUUAAAGCACAUGACACCAAAUCUCUACAUCAUGCACGCACGACAAGAAACCAUAAUCUUGUCGCCCCAAGGAAACAACAUGAAUCUACAUCGGAGCUCCGUCGACUACGUCCAGACGGACCAACUCGAGGAGGAUCGAAGCCUGAAAGAUGAAAUCGAAGAAGAAGCACGACCAUCCCGCUGAGCGCCGCACCUGCGAGGACUAAACCCCUAACCUAAACUACUAGCCAGAGCGGAGGCUCGGGAUUCCCCUCCCCAUUGGAAGGUAGAGGGGAGGAUAAUCGAGGG